AUGCGCGACUUUACGGAUCAUCUCCGUCCCAGUCAGCCCGAUGGCUCAACCACCCUCGCACGUGAGAGAGCGCAGUCCAGCGUCAAUGUAGAAGAGCUAGGACAGCAUUUGCUAUCUUCUGAUGGAUUCCUAGAGCGACAGGCUCGUGUAUUAUCCAUCUUACAGCGGGAGCCGGUACUCUCGAAAGACAAGCAGCAGAACCUAUCACGUCCCGAUAGGUUCAAGCUCGCACUUGCUAGGGGAAAGCUGCUUCGCCGACUCAAAGACAAGCAUCAAUGGAGCCCGGAAGAUCACAAAAUGGCGGAAUAUUUGCUCGAUGACGUUUCACCCUACUUUCUUCAUACCGAAAUGUUUGUCACUACGGUACGCGAACAGGGCAGUGAAGCCCAGCGUGCCCAUUGGAUGCCUCUCAUUGAGUCAUGGAAGAUCAUUGGCGCGUACGCUCAAACAGAGCUUGGUCAUGGAAGCAACGUUCGUGGCUUGGAGCUUGAAGCUCGCUGGGAUAGCCGCACCAAGGAGUUUGUGCUGCAUAGCCCGACUUUGACAGCCAGCAAGUGGUGGAAUGGUAGCUUGGGCCGUACUGCCAAUCACGCCAUCGUGGUAGCUCAAUUGCUUCUGCCCGCCCCAGGCUCACCGGAUAAAUACGUGUCGCAUGGUCCCCAUCCCUUCAUUGUUCAGGUGAGGGAUAUGCAGACACAUCAGCCGCUGGAUGGAAUCGUCAUUGGAGACAUCGGACCCAAGUAUGGUUACAGCACUAUCGAUAAUGCGUACAUGCUUUUUGACAAUUUCCGUAUCCCACAUGCCGCCUUUCUUUCGCGUUACUCUAGUGUCGAUCCUAGGACCGGAAUCUACUCGAAGCCCGAACAACCCGCUCUUGUUUACGGGUCGAUGACCUAUGUCCGCGCUAACAUUGUCCAACAUGCAAGGCUUGUUCUUGCUCGGGCUACCACUAUUGCUGUGCGUUACACUGUUGUUCGCCGACAAUUUCAGGACCGCGACGGCGACAAGACUGGCCCUGAGCUAUCAGUACUCGACUAUCCAACGGUUCAGAUUCGAAUCUUGCCAUUGCUUGCUACAGUUUUCGCGCUGCACUACACGGGCCGGGGCAUGCAAGAGGUGUAUCAAAGCACCCGGCAAGAUGUCGAGCAGCGCAAUUUUCAAUCACUAGCUCAUAUGCAUAGCAUGUCGUCCGGCCUGAAGAGCCUAUGCACCACUCUCGCAGCUGAUGGUAUCGAGACCUGUCGUCGUGCACUGGGUGGACACGGAUUUGGAGGAGGGAGCGGCCUUAUCCAGCUCAACAAUGAUUAUCUCUCCAAGCCGACAGUGGAGGGUGAUAACUGGAUGAUCACUCAGCAGGUUGCGGCAUACCUCAUCAAGAGAAUGACCGCCGCUAUUGAGUCGCCAAAUACUCCUAGCGAUAAUGACACCGAUGCUUCUUUCAAGGAGCUUAUCCGCGCGAAGCAAGGAAAAUCUCCAAGUCAUUGCCAAUACGAUGUUUUGGAAAAUGAUCGUGACAUUGUUAGAAGCUUCCAGCUUCGUGCAGCUACUUUGUCAUACGAAGCUUACAGUCAGAGAGUUAUUCAGAAGAAGAGCUGGAACAGCCUCUUGAUUCUACUUCACAAAUUGAGUCGCGCACAAUCCCAGUCGAUGAUGGUCUCCAUGUUCUUCGAAGGCCUCUCGAGCGAUAGCAGCAUCUCGAGCCCCACCAAAGCUGUCCUGUGGGACCUCUACCGUCUAUUCGCUAUGUAUACCGUACAGAAUGAGUCUUAUGAAUUCUUGCGCUGCAAUGCAGCCUCUCAAUCCUCCCUAGAUCAUAUCCCGGACCGCAUCCAAGAACUCAUGGCUCGUGUCCGGCCGCAUGCAUUGGCAUUAGUCGAUUCUUGGAUGAUCCCUGACUAUUUACUUGACAGUGCCCUCGGCCGCUACGAUGGUCGCGUAUACGAAGACUUGUUCAACCGUGCCCACCGGCUGAAUCCUCUGAAUCGGAUUACUUUCAAUCCCAAUUACUGGGAAGAAGAGAUUGUGAAGGGGAUCAAGGACGACGGAACAGGGAUUUUGGCGAAAUUAUGA